AUGUCUUUAAACUGUACCAUCAACAUUGUUAGAGCGUUUUUAGCCUCUAAUCAUAUGUUAGUUGAUAAUGAAUGGCUAUCAGGAUGUGUUGAGUUUUUAAUUGAAGACAACAGCCAUACUGAGACAGAAAUCAAGAAUUUAGCAAAAGAGCAAUGGCUCUUGAAUGAUUUGAAAGAUAUAUGUCCUGGCUCACUUCCUGGAAAUCUUAAAGAUCAACACAAAACAACAUUGAAUGGCAGAUUUAUAUUGCAAAUAAAUGCAGUUGUUGAUAUAGGUACACCUGCUUAUCAACAAUAUUUAAAAUUACAGAAAGUUAACACUGAAAACAUUGAUGCAACAACUAAAUUUGAAGAAAAAGUUUCUAAUCACAGAAUGAUAAAGCUUUACAUGACAGAUGGAGUUCAGGAUGUUACGGGAAUAGAGUAUAGACCUAUGAGAAAUUUAAGCUGUGACAUAACACCUGGCUGCAAGGUUCUUGUAAAAGGUCCAAUAGAAUGUCGGCGUGGUAUGAUGCUACUAACAGAGGGCUCAGUAGAACUACUCGGUGGUGAGGUGCAGGAAAUAGUAGUCUCUAAUUCGUUGGCUGGAUUACUUUCAACAAAACUUGGUCUUCCCAUAACUCAAGAAUCAAAUUUAAACACAACAAUAAGUAGACGAAAUACUGACAUACCUUCCCCACAUAGGCAAGUUCCACCACCAAAUGAGCCAAAAUUUGAUCAAACCACCCGGCCCAUUGCGAGAGUCAAAAGUAUCCAAGUACAUGAUGAUGAUGAUGAUUUCGACUUAGAUCAACUAGCAGCUAUAGAAGCAGAAUUUAGUGAAAGUCCAAAUACUAACACUCAACAUAGUAAUGGAAUGUUUAAAACACCAUAUGCUGGUCACAGUACUGAGACUAUGUCCGGAGAAGUGCACAGCGAUAAACCAUACAAAAGACUUAGCGAUAACACUGAUUCUCAACCAGAAAAAAAGUUCAAAUUGAACACGGCAGAUGACUAUCCAGAAGAGGAUGAUCUGUUUGAAGAUGAAGACUAUUUGAAAGAAUUAGAAUUGAAGUUGGAUGAGCAGGAGAUGCAGAAGCUUCCCAUUGAAGUCUCGCCGGAGCCAUUCGUUUAUAUAAGACAAAUUAAUGAAUUGAGUGUUUAUGACAAAGUGGGGAAAGCGUUUCAAAUAAAAGGGCAAAUAAUGAAAUUACUGUCAAAGUUGUCUGUGGGUAAAGAGGGGUGGAGUCUGAAAUGCACUUUGGUCGACGGCACCGGAGCGAUAGAUGUAGAGUUUACUAGUGAUGUGCUGUCAAAGCUUGUGGGGAUAACACCGCAGGAAAUGGCGGAUAUUAAGAAGGAGAUAGCGAAGAAGCCAGAGUUGAAAGAGAAGGCUAUAUCGGCCCUAGAAAAAGCGAAACACUCACUUCAAGCAUUAUACUGUAUCAUAGAAAUAACUUUCUUUGAUGUACCAAAAAUUACUCAGCUCAUUCCAUUUGACAGCCGACAUGUUCAUUUACUGAAGGAAAGACAACAAUCCAUAGUUUAA